GUUCAUGUCUUCUUGGCGUAGAACAGAGUUCUAGGCGGGAUUUGGCAAUAAUUCAGGUUAGAUUUAUUAUCAUUAACAAUGAUUCCCUACGGUCACUCGUAGAGAAUCCAGAGAAACGAAUAUUUAACGAUGAAUUAUUUGACAUGGCAAAAUCUGCUCUUUCAUGGUACCAAAGACACCUUUAUUUAUAA